AUGAUGAAAAACAAGUGCAAUGGAUCUGACAAUCAGAACAAAGGAUCAUUUGUUGCCAUGGAAAGUCUUUUGUCAAAAUGUAGGCAAAAAGCUGGUUUUUUCAUCCAGUGUCAUCCAGAAAAUUGCAAUGCGUAUAGUUCAAGAAUGUGGUGGGAUUUUUUGGCCACUGUCCUUGUGGCAAAGUCGUUGAAGAACGAGGAAGAUGUCAAGCUUUGGAAACUUGCACUCCACAAGUUGCGUUUCCUUAACCCUGGUAUAUGCAUUCAGGGGGUAAGCAAAGUUAUGGUAACUACAUUCAUAAACUUCAUCUGGAAUGAUAUGAAUCAAAUGCUAAAGCAUUGCCUAAUGAGUUGCUUAUUCAUCCCAGAUAUCAAAACUGGGAAGUUCUCUGAUGAAUUAAUGCAUUGUUGGAUUUCUCAUCAGUUAACAGAUGAUCAAGAAGCUGUGCAUAAGUUGAGAGAGCUUGUAGAACGCUUUAUCUUACUAAACAAUCAAUUAAAUGAUAAGUAUGUCAAGUUGCCAGAAGACAUACAUGCUAUUUUGCAUUCACUGAAUACCAUGACCCCUUGGUUCAUGAAAAAAUCUGGGUUGGGAUUGACUGAGCCGCCAAAUGAUGAGCUCUGGCAUAGUGUUGUACAUAUGGAACUUGCAAACAAUAAACUGUCUGAGCUGCCUUUGUCACCAAACUGCCCUGAACUCAAAGUUUUAUUGCUUCAGGGAAAUGCUGAUCUAACAAGAAUUCCAAAUAUGUUUUUCUUUAAAAUGCCCUUACUUUGUAUCUUGGACUUAUCUUACACUAGCGUACGAGAACUACCAGAUUCUCUGUUUGAGUUGGAGCAGCUCAUUGCACUAUAUAUGAAAGGUUGUAAAUGCUUCAUGAAAUUAUCGCCAAAGAUUGGGAAAUUGAAGAAACUUGAAAAGCUUGAUCUUGAUGGAACUCAAAUCACCCAUAUGCCAAAAGAGAUGCAAGAGUUGACGAAUCUUCAAAGCUUGUUCAUUUGCUUCUAUGAAUAUCGUGGCAAGAAAAACAAGCGAUAUACACAGUCAACAAUUAUUCCAUCCGAGGUAAUCUCAAAACUUAAGGGGCUGAACCAUUUAAGUAUUGAUGUAAACCCUGAUGAUGAGCAGUGGUAUGAGAAUGUACGAGACAUUCUUCCAGAAAUAUUGGGAUUAGGGCAUUUGCUGACUCUUAGCUUAUAUAUCCCACAUCUAGAACUUUUGAAGUUCAUACCUGACAGUGUCUUUGAGGUUGAUUUUAGAUUUAUUGUUGGUAGGCAUAUGCAAAGGAUCAUAUCAAGCACACCAUCCACAUGUGAGGCAAAAUUUAAAGAGAGUGGUUGUAGCUUGAAGUUUGUGAAUGGUGAUGGCGUUCCUUAUGAAAUUAAAAGGCUAGUUGGGCACAGCAAGGCCUUAUUUCUGGAGAGACAUAAGACAAUCCAGAAUCUAUCGGAAUUUAAAAUGAUGAAUUUAGAACAGUUGCGUGUAUUUAUUUUGGCAGAAUGCAGAGAAAUGCAAACAGUUGUUGAUGCAAGACAAUCAAAUAGUGGUGAUGAUACUUUCUCACACUUGCUAUAUUUACACGUGUCGCACAUGAGGAGUUUAAGAAGCAUAUGGGAAGGGCCGACGCCACCUCGCAGCUUUUUUGGUCUAAACUUGGAAAAAAUGGCAAUUUAUGAUUGCCCAAAGCUCCAAAGCCUUUCUAAGAAGGAACUGUCAAGCCAAAAUCUGAAGCUCAUUAAAGGAGAAACCAAGUGGUGUGACGCACUGCAAUGGAGCAAAGAAGAAUGGGGAAUAUCAUGCCGGCCAUCCAAGGCAUUAAGUUUGAUCACUUUGGGUCGAUUAAUACGCUUGAGCACAGCGCAAACAUCUGUGUCGUAA